UCGAUCGAUUGAUCGCGGCUUGUGGACGGUGGACAGUGUGCAUUCAUUCAUUUACAGAAAGCUAUUUCAAUGGACUGCACCAAGUUUGGGAAACUGCAUCAGCAAUUUUUAUGCUGUUAUCCAGUUAACAAGAUGGCCUGGUCGACGCUGCAAUUGCCGCUGGAUCUGGAUGCGCAACGCGCUUUGAUAGCGGCAACCUGUGCGCAUCCGUUGAAUCAACGGUUUCCAGUACGUCGCAGUUACCAGGAGGCGUUCGUGAAGCGUCUGAUGCAGCUGCUCAAGGAUCACGAAGAGCUGCACGACGACAUCUACGACAGUCUGUGUGGCCAGUUGGCCAAGGCGACACUUGACGAAGAUGCCACGAGUUCAACAGGUUCCACAAGUUCCACUUAUGCCUACAAACAUUAUGUGCUGCAGCCGGAGGAGCACAUCACUCUAAAGGAGUGCAACAGCUUUGUCAGCGAGGGCACCACGGGACUGUGCACCUGGGAGGCAGCUUUGGCCUUGGCCGACUAUCUGCUGGAACAUUCCAGUCUGCUGAAUGCAAAGAAUGUGCUGGAACUUGGCGCCGGUGCGGGAUUGCUGGGAAUUCUGCUCAAGCAGCGGUCACUGCAACUGCCAGUUGGUCAAGUGCUGCUCACUGAUGGCAGCGCUCCUUGUGUGCAGCUGAUGCGGGACAACAUUGCACUCAAUUUCCAGGAUGAGCCAGCGAACAGUGAACUGGCCCCCAAAUGUGCCCAGUUGCGUUGGGAUCAGGUUUCGCAGUUCCCUUGGUCAGAGUAUGCCACACCCGACCUGCUGCUCGCUGCCGAUGUCAUCUACGAUGAUACACAGUUCGAGUCACUGCUGCAUGCACUCGAUUACAUCUUUAAUCUCCGCAAGAAUCGAUGCCAAAUGCUGCUGGCCAGCACCGUCAGAAAUGUGGACACACUUCACAAAUUCAUGCAGCAACUGGAGGAGCGUCAUUACCAGGUGACGCCGUGUGCCAAUGUCUCCGCCUGCUCCAGCCAUUUUUGUCGGGAUCACACGGCAGCCGUGCAAAUUGUUUGCAUUAAACGUUAACAAAUAACUAACUUUAAUAUACGUAUACAUAAAAUAAUCAAUACAACAACAACAAUGCUUAUUGAUGCAGUGCAUCAUUGGCUAAUGGUCGGUAUGGUGCCAUCAUUUAGCCAACGCACAUUCAACUGUUCAAUCUGAUGCUUCAUGAAGAUAAUGCCAUACACCUCACACUGUAUAUCCUGCAACUUGGUGCGAUGCGUUCUCGGCACCUUCAUGCCCACCACGAGGGCAACCAGAGCUGUGAUUAUCAUAAAAACGAAUCCUUGGGCCAUCAGUGUGUUCUCAUCCACCGAAUAGAAAUACGAGUUCUCCACAUUCGCCACAAAGUAAUAAUAAACCACACUGACGCUGAUCAACUUCAUAGUGUAGGAGGCAAAGAUGAUGCACUCGGUGAAGCGAAGAUGUGUGACCUCCAGGAGCACAAUCUGUUGGCUGGAGUACGACAUGCCAAAGAGCAGUAGGAGAAACCAGAAUGUCACCUUGGAACCGGUUGUGCCAUAAAUGAUCAUGCCCAGCACCGUGAUCAGCAGCAACAACAACUGUGUGCUAACAAAUUGCACCUUGGCCGAGUAGAAACAUAGGCAAAUGAUGGCCAACACGCUGCCGGCAAAGAUGACCCAAAACAUGGCAUCAAUGUGGGCCAAAUCAUGCAAGCGCAUUGCAUCAUUCAAGGCAAACCAAAACACCAAAUAGAUGAACAAUGCAUAUUGCACAGCCUCGGUGAAGAGAAGCAACAAGGUCACAUGCCAUUGUUGAUUCUUGGUCACAUAAAAGAACUGCAACUUUUUGAUGACCUCCGCUCUUGGCUCAAAGAUGCUGCCAUUGGCAUUGGCAAUUCUCAGAUCAUUAUCCAGACUAUUGGUCAUGUCAACUGUGCCGAGCACAUGCAACACUUUCAGGCCAAUGAGUACAGCCAACAUGACGGCCGAUAUCGAUAAAUAUGUGGCUGCAAAGUUCACAUAGAUGCCAUCGAUCAGUUGCUCCGUUGUCGCCGCUUGUCCCGCAUAUUCAUUCAGAUUCUUCACGUACGAGGCUCCGAUCAGGCUCACAGCCGAUGAGAUGCCCCCCAGAUAGCAGCUACAACAGCCGGAAAUCAUCAGGGAUCGGCUUACUUUCGAGCUGAUCGUGUGCAGGAAUCCAUAUCCGGCCACAAAUGUCAGACUGUGUGCCACAUACGACAUAUAGGCACCCACGUGAUCUAAGCAACGAAAGAAUGACAGAGAUAAAAAAAAAGUUACAGAUAUAUAUAUAAAAGAAA